GAAGUCCAGGCGUGGGGCCAGCUCCGCUGCACAGCCAGCACCCAAGCAGAAGGGCUGUGCCGGCCGCCCGCCUGCCCACAGUCCCCCUCUCUCUCUCUCCCGGCCUGGCUGCCCGCUGCUUGUCUGUAACCUGUCUGCUGGCACCCACCUGUGAGUCCCUCUUGUCCUUCCUUGUCUUGCUGCCCUGCGUGCCAGUCCAUCCGCUGCCUGUCUUUGUGUAUCUGUGCGAUCACCUAUCCCACCCCACUCAUCUCCAUCUGUCCACUGGCCCACCUGUCUUCUCCUCUUCCCCUUGGGCCACAGAGCCAUGGCCUGUGGCCGCAGGGCCACCCUCAGCCUGGUCCUGCUGGGACUGGCCCUGACGCUGGCCAUCGUCGUGCUGGCCGUGGUCCUUUCUCGCCGCCACACCCCCUGUGGCCCUAACGCCUUCUUCCGUGCUGCUGUGGCCGCUGACUCCAAGGUCUGCUCGGGCAUUGGACGAGCCAUCCUAGAACAGCAAGGCUCACCUGUGGACGCCACCAUCGCCGCUCUGGUCUGUACUGGCGUCAUCAACCCCCAGAGCAUGGGCCUGGGUGGAGGGGUCAUCUUCACCAUCUACAACGCAACAACAGGGAAAGUGGAGAUUAUCAAUGCCCGCGAGUCUGUGCCGGCCAACAGUGACCCUGACCUGCUGACCCAAUGUGAUCGGGCCAUGCCGCUGGGCAAAGGGUCCCAGUGGAUAGGGGUCCCAGGGGAGCUCCGUGGCUAUGCUGAGGCCCACCGCCGCCACGGCCGCCUGCCCUGGGCACAGCUAUUCCAGCCUACCAUCGAGCUGCUGAGGGGCGACUUCCACCUGCCCUCCAUCCUCAGCCAGUUCCUAAACAGCAGUUUCCUGAGGCCCUCACUGACCACAUCCUCCUUGCGGCAGCUCUUCUUCAAUGGGACGGAGCCUCUGCAGCCACAGGGCCCAUUCCCCUGGCCGGCGCUGGCUGCCACCCUGGAGACGGUGGCUGCCGAGGGUGCUGAGGCUUUCUACAAGGGCAGGCUGGGCCGGAUGUUGGUGGAGGACGUUGCCAAGGAAGGAGGCCGGCUGACUAUGAAGGACUUGGGUGACUUCCAUCCAGAGGUACUGGACGCCCUGGAGAUGUCGCUGGGGGACUACACGUUGUACUCACCACCGCCGCCGGCAGGGGGCGCCAUCUUGAGCUUCAUCCUCAACGUGCUCAGAGGGUUCAACUUCUCAGCGGACUCGGUGGCCAGCCCUGAAGGAAGCGUGGACAUGUACCACCACCUUGUGGAGACAUUCAAGUUUGCCUGGGGCCAGAAGUGGCGGCUGUGGGACCCCCGCAGCCACUGGGACAUGCAGAACGUCUCCCUUCCCCUGCUCGGGGAGGAGCUGGCCAGGCACACUCGCCAGCAGAUCGAUGGCAGUGGCGACCACAGGCUCAGCCACUACAGCCUGGAGAGGACCUGGGACCACCGGAUGGGCACUUCCCACGUGUCGGUGCUUGGGGAGGACGGCAGUGCGGUGUCAGCCACCAGCACCAUCAACACGCCCUUUGGGGCUAUGGUGUACUCCCCACGGACGGGGAUUCUUCUCAACAACGAGCUCCUAGAUUUAUGCUGGAGACGUCCGCCAGGCUCCAGCAUCACCCCAGCUCCUGUUCCAGGUGAGCGUCCCCCAUCAUCCAUGGUCCCUUCCAUCUUGAUCAGCGCAGCCCGAGGAUCCAAGCUGGUAAUUGGCGGGGCUGGGGGAGAGCUCAUCAUCUCUGCCGUGGUCCAGGCCGUCAUGAAUAAGCUGUGGCUGGGCUUGGACUUGUCAGAGGCCAUCGCAGCUCCAAUCCUGCAUGUGGGCAGCCAGGGCCGUGUGGAGUUCGAGCCCAGCUUCAGCCAGGAGGUGCAGAAGGGGCUGCGGGAGCGUGGCCACAGCCAGAGCCAGAGGCCCUUUUUCCUGAACGUGGUCCAGGCUGUGGCACAGGAGGGGACCUGCGUGUACGCCGUGUCGGACUCCAGGAAGGGUGGGGAGGCUGCAGGCUACUGAGGAGACGCCCUUCUGCACUGCCUGGUCUGGAGCUGGGAUCUGAC